AUGAAGGAGAGCUUGAGGGAAGAACAAAUUGGGGAGUUUUUGGAGGCCUUCUGUCUCUUUGAUAAAGAUGGAGAUGGCUGCAUAAACAUUGAAGAACUAGGCACCGCGAUCAGAUCACUAGAUGAAAAUCCAACGCUGGAGGAGUUGCAGAUUAUGAUGAGUGAAGUGGAUACGGACUGCAACGGAACCAUAGAAUUCGGGGAAUUCUUGAAUCUCAUGGCCAGAAAAAUGAAGGAAAGUGAAGCAGAAGAGGAAUUGAAGGAAGCUUUCAGGGUGUUUGACAAAGAUCAAGACGGUUAUAUCUCGGCCAGUGAGUUGAGGUCUGUAAUGAGAACGAUUGGAGAGAAGGUUACAGACGAAGAAGUGGCACAGAUGGUGAAAGAGGCUGAUUUAGAUGGUGACGGCCUCGUUGAUUAUCAAGAGUUUGUCAGAAUGAUGUUGGCUGCAUAA